GGUAGCGUUAAAAUAAAUAUUCAAUUUGUCAUUGGACACCGGAAUUUCAUACUCCGACUGUUGAUCAACUCAGCCAAACACCAGUUUGACCUUUUUCACCCACUCCACCAACAUGACCAGACGUCUCUACGUUGGCAGACUUCCUACUGAGGCUCGUUCAGAGGAUGUUUCCAAAUUAUUUGAAGGUUAUGGUCGCAUCGUUGACUGCCGUGUUAUGACAGGCUUCGGUUUCGUGGAAUUCGAAAGCAGCAAGGAUGCUGAGGAUGCUGUGCAACAAUUUAAUGGCAAAGCUUUUAUGGGAGCCAAUAUCGUCGUCGAGUUUGCUAAAGAAAGUCGUCCUCGAAGAGAACCCUAUGAGGAACGUCAUGGAGCUGCUUCCCGUGCACGUCGUCCUCCCGGUAUACGAAUCAUAGUCUCUGGUAUCUCUCGUGACACUAGCUGGCAGGACUUGAAAGAUUUCGGUCGGGAUGCGGGGAAUGUUUCCUUUGCCGACAUUGACCGCGACGUUCCAGGACAAGGAAUUCUUGAGUUCUUGUCUAGGGAGGAUGCCGAUCGUGCUGUCAAGGAAUUGGACGGCAAGGAUCUGCGUGGACGUGCUGUUCGAGUUGACUUGGACGAAUCUCGCUCUGGACCUGACAAUUACAGACGGGAUGAUAGAAGAGAUGAUCGCUACAGAGAAGAUCGUUACAGGGACGACCGCUAUAGAGACGACCGUUACCGUGAAGACAGGUACCGCCGUGACCGCUCGCGGUCCCCGCCAAGGCGGGACUCUGAUGAUCGUCGUAAAAAAGACGAUGAGCGGAAGCCUUCAGGGGAUGAACCUGAACGACGAAGGGAACGGCGCGAAGACAAGGAGGAACGCUACGACGACCGGUCGUCGAGGCACAACGGAGAUUUUCGAUGAAACUUUUUAGGUUGUCGUCAAAGUCGGACGUUCCAAACGGUCAAUCGUCUUCUCAACUUUUCAGUCUCUAUUAUUGUCCGCUAUAGCUGUGGUAUUGUUAUACAAAACCCGCCCUCGAAAUUAUGCUCUCAUUUCUGUGACCAUGUGUGGUCAGCGUUGGCUUCUUCAAAACC